GGCAGCUGACAGUUUCAGUAAACCACGGAGACGAACGGAUUACGGGCGACGCUGGCGAAAUUGAAACUAAAGCCGCAACAGCAACCACAACUCAUAAUAGUAAUAUUAACCAUAAUACGGAAACACAAUUGGUAUAAAAGCCAACAGUUAAAGCGAAAGGCAAGCACACAACCAAACACCACAGCCCAAAAUAGUACAUAAUAGCAAUACACAAAUAAUAAUAAUAAUAAUAACAAUAAUAAACCGAAACAGCUCUGGGAACAAAACGCAACGUUUGGUGAGAAUUUUUGGCAACACGUCGCGUCGUCUUGGUUGUUGUUAACCACAUCCUGCAAACGCCAAAGGUCCGAGAAUAAAAUUCAACCCACUACCCAAUAAUAAUACAGAUCAGCAGCAAACAAAGAAACACAAAAAGCAAAUAAAAAUAAAGCAAAAAACAAAAAAUUAAAAACAAAUUCAUCUUCUACUUGUUCUACCGCUUCAACUUUAUUCGUCUUCGUCUCCGUAAUAAAUAUAUACAAAAUAUACAUAUAUACAUAUAUGCAUAUGUGUGAGUGCGUCGCGUGUGUGUUGGUGCCUAUAAAUGUGUGAGCCACAACAACAACAACAGCAGCAGCAACCAGAGCCAGAGCAACAACCACAGCAGCAGCAGCAGCAACAGUAGUUAACAGCAGCAACCAUUCUUAGCAGCAGCAGCAACAGCAACACAAGCAAGCACCUCCACAACAACAGCAGCAGCCACAACCACAAUAGCAACCACAACAACAGCAUCAGCGGAUAGAGCGAGCAGCCAGGCACAACAUCGAUAGACAUCGAUUAACGCAUCGUGCUAAGCGGCGGGCGCUAAUCGAACAUGGCGCCUCGGAUAUAGUUGUAGCUUUAAUGUAGCAGGCGACAUCCAUGUGCCUCAUGCCUUGGAAAUCUAAGGCUCUCAUCGUUGGCCGCAUAGACAAUGACAGAAGAUUCCGACUCGAUAUCUGAGGAAGAACGCAGUUUGUUCCGUCCCUUUACCCGCGAAUCAUUGGUGCAAAUCGAACAACGCAUUGCCGCUGAACAUGAAAAGCAGAAGGAGCUGGAAAGAAAGAGAGCCGAGGGAGAGGUGCCGCAAUAUGGUCGCAAGAAAAAACAAAAAGAAAUCCGAUAUGAUGACGAGGACGAGGAUGAAGGUCCACAACCGGAUCCUACACUUGAACAGGGUGUGCCAAUACCUGUUCGAUUGCAGGGCAGCUUCCCGCCGGAAUUGGCCUCCACUCCUCUCGAGGAUAUCGAUCCCUACUACAGCAAUGUACUGACAUUCGUAGUUGUAAGCAAAGGAAAAGAUAUUUUUCGCUUUUCUGCAUCAAAAGCAAUGUGGCUGCUCGAUCCGUUCAAUCCGAUACGUCGUGUGGCCAUUUACAUUCUAGUGCAUCCAUUAUUUUCCCUGUUCAUCAUCACCACAAUUCUCGUCAACUGCAUCCUGAUGAUAAUGCCGACAACGCCCACGGUUGAGUCCACUGAGGUGAUAUUCACCGGAAUCUACACAUUUGAAUCAGCUGUUAAAGUGAUGGCACGAGGUUUCAUUUUAUGCCCGUUUACGUAUCUUAGAGAUGCAUGGAAUUGGCUGGACUUCGUAGUAAUAGCUUUAGCUUAUGUGACCAUGGGUAUAGAUUUAGGUAAUCUAGCAGCCUUGCGAACGUUUAGGGUGCUGCGAGCGCUUAAAACCGUAGCCAUUGUGCCAGGCUUGAAGACCAUCGUCGGCGCCGUCAUCGAAUCGGUGAAGAAUCUGCGCGAUGUGAUAAUCCUCACCAUGUUCUCCCUCUCGGUCUUCGCGCUAAUGGGCCUGCAGAUCUACAUGGGCGUGCUCACGCAGAAGUGCAUCAAGAAGUUCCCGCUGGACGGCUCCUGGGGCAACCUGACUGACGAGAACUGGGACUAUCACAAUCGCAAUAGCUCCAAUUGGUACUCGGAGGACGAGGGCAUCUCAUUUCCGCUGUGCGGCAAUAUAUCCGGCGCGGGGCAAUGCGACGACGACUACGUGUGCCUGCAGGGGUUUGGGCCGAAUCCGAACUACGGCUACACCAGCUUUGAUUCGUUCGGCUGGGCCUUCCUGUCCGCCUUCCGGCUGAUGACACAGGACUUCUGGGAGGACCUGUACCAGCUGGUGUUGCGCGCCGCCGGACCAUGGCACAUGCUGUUCUUUAUAGUCAUCAUCUUCCUAGGUUCAUUCUAUCUUGUGAAUUUGAUUUUGGCCAUUGUUGCCAUGUCGUAUGACGAAUUGCAAAAGAAGGCCGAAGAAGAAGAGGCUGCCGAAGAGGAGGCGAUACGUGAAGCGGAGGAGGCUGCCGCCGCCAAAGCCGCCAAGCUGGAGGAGCGGGCCAAUGCGCAGGCUCAGGCAGCAGCGGAUGCGGCUGCCGCCGAAGAGGCUGCACUGCAUCCGGAGAUGGCCAAGAGUCCGACGUAUUCGUGCAUCAGCUAUGAGCUUUUCGUUGGCGGCGAGAAGGGCAACGACGACAACAACAAGGAGAAGAUGUCCAUUCGCAGCGUCGAGGUGGAGUCGGAGUCGGUGAGCGUUAUACAAAGACAACCAGCACCUACCACAGCACACCAAGCUACCAAAGUUCGUAAAGUGAGCACGACAUCCUUAUCCUUACCUGGUUCACCGUUUAACAUACGCAGGGGAUCACGUAGUUCUCACAAGUACACGAUACGGAACGGACGUGGCCGCUUUGGUAUACCCGGUAGCGAUCGCAAGCCGUUGGUACUGUCAACAUAUCAGGACGCCCAGCAGCACCUGCCCUAUGCCGACGACUCGAAUGCCGUCACCCCGAUGUCCGAGGAGAAUGGGGCCAUCAUUGUGCCCGUGUACUAUGGCAAUCUAGGCUCUCGGCACUCAUCGUAUACCUCGCAUCAGUCCCGAAUAUCGUAUACCUCACAUGGCGAUCUACUCGGCGGCAUGGCCGUCAUGGGCGUCAGCACAAUGACCAAGGAGAGCAAAUUGCGCAACCGCAACACACGCAAUCAAUCAGUGGGCGCCACCAAUGGCGGCACCACCUGCCUGGACACCAACCACAAGCUCGAGCAUCGCGACUUCGAAAUCGGUCUGGAGUGCACGGACGAAGCUGGCAAGAUUAAACAUCAUGACAAUCCUUUUAUCGAGCCCGUCCAGACACAAACGGUGGUCGACAUGAAAGAUGUGAUGGUCCUGAAUGACAUCAUCGAACAGGCCGCUGGUCGGCACAGUCGGGCAAGCGAUCGCGGUGUCUCCGUUUACUAUUUUCCAACAGAGGACGAUGACGAGGACGGGCCAACGUUCAAAGACAAGGCACUCGAAGUGAUCCUAAAGGGCAUCGAUGUGUUUUGUGUGUGGGACUGUUGCUGGGUUUGGUUGAAAUUUCAGGAGUGGGUCUCGCUAAUCGUCUUCGAUCCCUUCGUCGAGCUCUUCAUCACGCUGUGCAUUGUGGUGAACACGAUGUUCAUGGCGAUGGAUCACCACGAUAUGAACAAGGAGAUGGAGCGCGUGCUCAAGAGUGGCAACUAUUUCUUCACGGCCACCUUCGCCAUCGAGGCCACCAUGAAGCUGAUGGCCAUGAGCCCCAAGUACUAUUUCCAGGAGGGCUGGAACAUCUUCGACUUCAUCAUCGUGGCCCUAUCGCUUUUGGAGCUGGGUCUCGAGGGCGUCCAGGGUCUGUCCGUCUUGCGUUCGUUUCGAUUGCUGCGUGUUUUCAAGCUGGCCAAGUCCUGGCCGACACUGAAUUUGCUCAUAUCGAUUAUGGGCCGCACUGUCGGCGCCCUGGGCAAUCUGACUUUCGUCCUGUGCAUUAUUAUCUUCAUAUUCGCGGUCAUGGGCAUGCAGCUGUUUGGCAAGAACUACACAGAUCACAAGGACCGCUUCCCGGAUGGCGACCUGCCGCGCUGGAACUUCACCGACUUUAUGCACAGCUUUAUGAUCGUGUUCCGUGUGCUCUGUGGAGAGUGGAUCGAGUCCAUGUGGGACUGCAUGUAUGUGGGCGAUGUCUCGUGCAUUCCCUUCUUCUUGGCCACCGUUGUCAUCGGCAAUCUUGUGGUACUUAACCUUUUCUUAGCCUUGCUUUUGUCCAAUUUUGGCUCAUCUAGCUUAUCAGCACCGACUGCCGAUAACGAUACGAAUAAAAUAGCCGAGGCCUUCAAUCGAAUUGGCCGAUUUAAAAGUUGGGUUAAGCGUAAUAUUGCUGAUUGUUUCAAGUUAAUACGUAACAAAUUGACAAAUCAAAUAAGUGAUCAACCAUCAGGUGAGAGGACCAACCAGAUCAGUUGGAUUUGGAGCGAAGAGCAUGGUGACAACGAACUGGAGCUGGGGCACGACGAGAUCCUCGCCGAUGGCCUGAUCAAGAAGGGAAUCAAGGAACAGACGCAACUGGAGGUGGCCAUCGGGGAUGGCAUGGAGUUCACGAUACACGGCGACAUGAAGAACAACAAGCCGAAGAAAUCCAAAUAUCUAAAUAACGCAACGAUGAUUGGCAACUCAAUUAACCACCAAGACAAUAGACUGGAACACGAGCUAAACCAUAGAGGUUUGUCCUUACAGGACGACGACACUGCCAGCAUUAACUCAUAUGGUAGCCAUAAGAAUCGACCAUUCAAGGACGAGAGCCACAAGGGCAGCGCCGAGACGAUGGAGGGCGAGGAGAAGCGCGACGCCAGCAAGGAGGAUUUAGGUCUCGACGAGGAACUGGACGAGGAGGGCGAAUGCGAGGAGGGCCCGCUCGACGGUGAUAUCAUUAUUCAUGCACACGACGAGGAUAUACUCGAUGAAUAUCCAGCUGAUUGCUGCCCCGAUUCGUACUAUAAGAAAUUUCCGAUCUUAGCCGGUGACGAUGACUCGCCGUUCUGGCAAGGAUGGGGCAAUUUACGACUGAAAACUUUUCAAUUAAUUGAAAAUAAAUAUUUUGAAACAGCUGUUAUCACUAUGAUUUUAAUGAGUAGCUUAGCUUUGGCAUUAGAAGAUGUACACCUGCCACAAAGACCCAUACUGCAGGAUAUUUUAUACUAUAUGGACAGAAUAUUUACGGUUAUAUUCUUCUUGGAAAUGUUAAUCAAGUGGUUGGCGCUCGGAUUCAAAGUGUACUUCACCAACGCGUGGUGUUGGCUCGAUUUCGUGAUUGUCAUGGUAUCGCUUAUCAACUUCGUUGCUUCACUUGUUGGAGCUGGUGGUAUUCAAGCCUUCAAGACUAUGCGAACGUUAAGAGCACUGAGACCACUACGUGCCAUGUCCCGUAUGCAGGGCAUGAGGGUCGUUGUUAAUGCGCUGGUACAAGCUAUACCGUCCAUCUUCAAUGUGCUAUUGGUGUGUCUAAUAUUUUGGCUAAUUUUUGCCAUAAUGGGUGUACAGCUUUUUGCUGGAAAAUAUUUUAAGUGCGAGGACAUGAACGGCACGAAGCUCAGCCACGAGAUCAUACCAAAUCGCAAUGCCUGCGAGAGCGAGAACUACACGUGGGUGAAUUCAGCAAUGAAUUUCGAUCAUGUAGGUAACGCGUAUCUGUGCCUUUUCCAAGUGGCCACCUUCAAAGGCUGGAUACAAAUCAUGAACGAUGCUAUCGAUUCACGAGAGGUGGACAAGCAACCAAUUCGUGAAACGAACAUCUACAUGUAUUUAUAUUUCGUAUUCUUCAUCAUAUUUGGAUCAUUUUUCACACUCAAUCUGUUCAUUGGUGUUAUCAUUGAUAAUUUUAAUGAGCAAAAGAAAAAAGCAGGUGGAUCAUUAGAAAUGUUCAUGACAGAAGAUCAGAAAAAGUACUAUAAUGCUAUGAAAAAGAUGGGCUCUAAAAAACCAUUAAAAGCCAUUCCAAGACCAAGGUGGCGACCACAAGCAAUAGUCUUUGAAAUAGUAACCGAUAAGAAAUUCGAUAUAAUCAUUAUGUUAUUCAUUGGUCUGAACAUGUUUACCAUGACCCUCGAUCGUUACGAUGCGUCGGACACGUACAACGCGGUCCUAGACUAUCUCAAUGCGAUAUUCGUAGUUAUUUUCAGUUCCGAAUGUCUAUUAAAAAUAUUCGCUUUACGAUAUCACUAUUUUAUUGAGCCAUGGAAUUUAUUUGAUGUAGUAGUUGUCAUUUUAUCCAUCUUAGGUCUCGUACUUAGCGAUAUUAUCGAGAAGUACUUCGUGUCGCCGACCCUGCUCCGAGUGGUGCGUGUGGCGAAGGUGGGCCGAGUCCUUCGACUGGUGAAGGGUGCCAAGGGCAUCAGGACGCUGCUAUUCGCGUUGGCCAUGUCGCUGCCAGCCCUCUUCAACAUCUGCCUGCUGCUGUUCCUGGUCAUGUUCAUCUUCGCCAUCUUCGGCAUGUCGUUCUUCAUGCACGUAAAGGAGAAGAGCGGCAUCAACGACGUGUAUAACUUCAAGACCUUUGGCCAGAGCAUGAUCCUGCUCUUUCAGAUGUCGACGUCAGCCGGUUGGGAUGGUGUACUGGACGCCAUUAUCAAUGAGGAAGCAUGCGAUCCACCCGACAACGACAAAGGCUAUCCGGGCAAUUGUGGUUCAGCGACCGUUGGAAUAACGUUUCUCCUCUCAUACCUAGUUAUAAGCUUUUUGAUAGUUAUUAAUAUGUACAUUGCUGUCAUUCUCGAGAACUAUAGUCAGGCCACCGAGGACGUGCAAGAGGGUCUGACCGACGACGACUACGACAUGUACUAUGAGAUCUGGCAGCAGUUCGAUCCGGAGGGCACACAGUACAUACGCUACGACCAGCUGUCCGAGUUCCUGGACGUGCUGGAGCCCCCGCUGCAGAUCCAUAAGCCGAACAAGUACAAGAUCAUAUCGAUGGACAUACCCAUCUGUCGCGGCGACCUCAUGUACUGCGUCGACAUUCUUGACGCCCUCACGAAAGACUUCUUUGCGCGCAAGGGCAAUCCGAUAGAGGAGACGGGCGAGAUCGGUGAGAUAGCGGCCCGUCCGGAUACGGAGGGCUACGAACCAGUCUCAUCGACGCUGUGGCGCCAGCGAGAGGAGUACUGUGCCCGGCUGAUUCAGCACGCCUGGCGAAAGCACAAGGCGCGCGGUGCGGGUGGCGGGUCCUUUGAACCGGAUACGGAUGGCGAUGGCGAUGGCGACUGCGAUCCGGAUGCCGUUGACCCAGCGCCCGAUGAGCAGGCGGAUGGAGGCGAGGCCCCCGCCGGUGGAGCAUUAGAUGGUAGUGUUAAUGGUACUGGAAAUGGAACUGGAACUGGAGAAGGAGCUGCCGAUGCCGACGAGAGCAAUGUAAAUAGUCCGGGUGAGGAUGCAGCGGCAGCAGCAGUAGCGGCGGCGGCGGCGGCCACGACGGCGGGAAGUCCCGGGGCGGGUAGCGCCGGACGACAGACCGCCGUUCUCGUGGAGAGCGACGGGUUCGUGACGAAGAACGGCCACAAGGUGGUCAUCCACUCGCGAUCGCCGAGCAUCACGUCGCGCACGGCGGAUGUCUGAGCCAGGCCUCGCCCCCCCCUCCAAGAUGCACGCGAGUAUUAGCAUGAGUACGUGUUGGAUGCUGCAUGUUGCAUCGGCAAUGUGCAGCAACAGUGAGCUAACAACAACAGCAACCAGGCGAACAACAAGCAUAAUUUUCUGCUAUAUAAUGAAAGUACACCAUACAAACGAAACAACAAUAAAAAGAACCAAUCAACAACAUCAAGAGAACAACAACUACAACAGUAAAAGUAACAGCAACCGAUGAUAUAACGAAGAAAAACAACAACAACACCAGUGUAAUGUCUCUUUGAGUUACAUAUUUGUAUACCCGCAUUAUUCAGUUAACGAGUCAGCAACCAACAACAAUCAUACUUAAGCUAAACCGAAAUGUCUCAAUAAUUUGUAAGCAGCUCGUAGUCCAAUCCAUUUAGGCGUUUUUCCAAACCACUAUUUGCCUAAGCAGGUGGAAGAAGAAGGAGUUAAACACAUCAGUACACACAAACACAUUACAAUCGAAAAGCAUAUACACACACUUACAUUACCAUAAACAAUUAUUAACCCCAAAAAACAACAAGCCGAUAAGAAAGUUAAAGAACGAUGAACAAGCUCUAAAAAAUGUAUUUGCCAGUAGUGGGUCAACAAACAACACGCUUGAUUUAAUUAACUACCUACCAAACCUAAAAAGCAAAUAAAAACAAAAGAAAACGACGAGCAUAUAACGCUAAAGGUAUGGUAAGCAAAAAAAAAAACAAAUCCCCCAAAAGCAACAUUCUCAAAUAAACAAGAUGAAACUUUUUAACUUAUUCUAAAAGAGACGAGAAGAGAACACCAAUUUGCAUAGUUUGUAUUGUACAUUUAUCCAGCUAAAUAAUGAAAAACUAAAUCAGUAAAUCAAAAGCGGACCCAAAACCAGUAACUAAAGCAACACCAAUAAAAAAUACCGCCCGAACUGCCAUUGAAAGCAAUACGAACCAAAAAUGAAAAACCAAAAAGAGGGACAAACAAAAGCGAAAGCGAAUGCUAAAUGUCAAAGUAUAUUCACACAACAUCCAUACACCCAUUCACACGUACACCCGCACACACAAAAGGAGGGGUAAAGGUCACCAAGAGAGUAAUAGGCAGACAGAGUUAAUUCACAUUCACAAACAAUCGUACUACCUAUCGGACAUUCCCCUUGCAGUUUCGAUUUAGGCGAUAACAUCCCAUUGGGCCAGCAAGAAAGUUCAAAGCAAACAUUUCACCCAUAGAGAUCGGAUAUUUGAGGUUAUGUCCUCAGUUUGAGGUUAUGUCCUUAUUAUGAGGUUAUGUCCUCAUUUUGAGGUUAUAUCCCCGCUCACAUUCUUAAACCCCCACACAGAAACACCGACACAAAGCGACAACAGUACCAAACAAAUCCUUGGAGUUGGGGCGCAUGGAUCCAAACGAAGUGAGACAAAGUCAAGUGAAACCUUACCAAGAGAUCUUAGCAAUUCAAAUUAGAAUUCGAUCAGUCUAACAAUCGAUCAACCAAACAAUUAACGAAGUACGAAGAACGAAGUGAACACGGUAGAAGUGUAUAGAAGAAUUGAACAAUACGAAGAAUGUUAAGUGAAAGAGAACCAGUACCGAAACAAGUUCAAAGCAAGUGCUAAAAGAAGAAAUCAUAAAACGGAAAUUAGCAGAAGAAGCGAUUGUGCCUAGCACAAUAUAUAACUAAAGCAAAUAGUGAAACGAAAACGAGUGAACAAUUUGAACAAGUUUUUGUUUUCAAAGUGCUAUAUUUUCACAUACUUCUUUUUUAUCUAAACCUACAAGUAGAAUCGAGCAAAGAUCGAGAUUAACGCUAAAUUACACAGUGAGCAAGAGAAGUUAAUAAAAAACGAAUAUAUAUUACACGUAAUUAUAACAAAACUAAUUUAACUAAAAUACGAUAUUGAUACUGAAUUGAAUUCAAACAAAGUUUUAGCCCAACCGCUUAAGAGCGAAAAAUACUUUUCAGCGGCAACCGCCUUCGCAUUCGCUUUCCUUUUCGUAUCCGCCGCAGCCGCGUUAUAACGAUGGACAAGAAGAUAUGUGAAAACCGAGAAUCGAUCUUCGAUAACCGAUAACCAAUCCAAAAGAAGAAGAAAAGAACCAAAACGAUAAAGUAUUUCGCUGAGUUGCGCCCAGUUUCGCCAUGCUAAGCUUUGUUUGAAUCAGCCUUACUUCAUAUCAUUUCUUUGGUUUCUAUGUCGUUUCAUUUACUAGCAAUGCCUUUUCCGACGCUGUUCAGUUAUGUAUUGACAAGCAAACGAUUACCGAUAACCGAUUACGAUAACGUUCAAUGAAACUCCAUCGAACGGCCCCCGCUACACCGAAAGUUGUGGAGCAUUUCGACCCGAGUGUCGCAAGAAAACAAAUAAUAUGUGAGGUUCCAUUGCGCACACACACACAGUACAGUACACUCUCGCAAAAUUCACCCACCCACCCACUCACUCAACAAACAUAUAUAUAGAAACUCAGACACAUGUAAAUGCUUUGCUUUUGCUUCGAAAUUGCUGCAAUCGUAGGAGGUGAAUGAAAAACGAAUACUUUGGGAUCAAUGCGCUUUUUGGUUUUGACAAUAACAAAAAUUAACAGUUCACCCCACUGACACUCACGUCCACGAGAAAAGCAUAUGUACACAGAGGCAGACAUGGACAUUGAAAGGACCUCUUUCAUUGGCAAUCCUCUUCUCGCUGACUUGCUCUCACUCUAUCUCCGAUCACGAAUUGAAACUGUUAUACGAAACAUGCUUUCACACACUGCCUAACUUCUAACUAUCUGUUAAAUCAAAUACAAAUGCGGAACUUGUUCUAAGCACAUCCAAAUCUACUUACAGAAAGAUAAACAGCAUCGUACCAAGUUUACCAACACUGGGAGUUUACAAAUCACCCUCGGUCAACCAAUGCUUUUGAUUUGCCAGUAUUUUCGUUUAGUUUUCCAAUAUGUUGUUACUAGUAGCUCACCAAUUUAUGGACACAGUUGAUUUAUUGCAAAUGGCCAGAGUGUUUACAUUAACUUUUUGUGUUGAAUAACUGUUGUAUAACCGAUUUAUAACCGUUUUACCGGAUGUAUAACAGUAAUAUAAGGGUUGUACAGCUUUUAAAAUAAUUAUAACACAAUUACAUGACGGUUGUAGGCAACAGUAUAUGAGUUCGACAUGUAUAACAGUUUGCUUUGAAUGCAAAACUCAGCUUUCUUUACAGUAAAACACAUGUAUAAUGCCCCAGUUACAUUGGCCACUUCGCAUCGAUCGACUCUCUCAAUUUGGUCGUACAACAAAGUUGGAAAAAAAAAAAAAGGAAAUGUUAAAGCAAGCCACAAUAGUUUUCCAAUACUCGACCGUUCUGAUUUCAAAUUAUCUUAGCCAACACAAAAAGUAACGCAAACAACAAAAAUUGUAGAGUAAUUGACAUGUGUACAUUAUGGGGACCAGUUUAAGCGUUGCCUUAAAGUCCAAAUUGAGUUUUUUUAUUUGCGCACGCGUUUACAAGACCUUUUUCAAUGAUCAGACCCCGAAACUAUGUUUAACCAUGACCCCUAAGACCCCUUACCCUUUUAGACGCAACGCAACCCGACUCGAACAGACUCCGCUUUGGUUUGCCUUAAAUUCAUCGUAUUACGUAUUUGAAUUUCCCCCACAUUGAUUUAACCGCUUGCCAAUUGCCAAUUUUGUAACGACUUAAAUGUAGCUUCAUUAUUAUACAUUUUGUUGGCUGUUUGACAAAUAAUACGAGUACCCACUUUGAUAAAUAAUAGAAUACAUGGAAAUAACGCAAAAAACGAUAAAUCGCUUUGUCGAGAAUAAUAAACGAAACAUGCUAUAAACUAAUAACAGAAAAUUAAGUUUGAAAAUUCCGUACAAAAUGCAUAAGUUAAACGAAAAAAGCAUAUAAUAUUGAGGAAAUUAAAGGAAUAAUAUAUCUACUUAUACUGAGUGCACUGUUAUAAACGAGGGGCGGGGCGAGAUUAAAUAAACAACAAAAAAAUCGAAUCAAAUGAAAUUAAAAAUUGAAACAAAAAACAUAUAUUAUAAUGGUAUAUACUUCAAGAUAUUGUACUAUCUAUGUGUGAAUAACAUCAUCUGCAAAACAACAGCCACACAUGAAGCUUAUGCGACAAGCAAAAAAAAAGAAGGGACAACAUGCAAGAAGUCGAGGAUGACAUACUCUAUAAUAUACGUGUAAAUUUACAAUAAUACAAGCUGAGGAAAGGAUAAGAAUUUUAGCAAGCGGUAAACUCAAGCGACACCGAAACGCAAAUCGAAAUCGAAAAGUUAAAAAAUAUGCAUGAGGACAAGAAGACGAAAAGGACGACGACGACGAUGUCGUGGAAGGGUGGUAAUGAUAUUGAUAAGGAAAUCUAUUUCAUAUUUUUAGCAUACGUGUAAACAUAUUUUUUGUGCCGAGGUUACGUUCGAAGCAACACGCGCAUCAUUGCCAUUAGACAAAAUAAAAUUAAUUAUAUAUACAAUAUGCCUAAAGAUAAUACGGGAAAUCCAAAAAAAAAAAACUACAACUAAUAAUUAUAAAACAACCAAAAGCAAAACAAAACCAACAACUGCAUAUUUUGUGCUGCUGAAGAAAGUCACAACGCAACAAAAAACAUGAUAACAAUAAAACGUAUAUAAAUUUCUAACAAUUUUAGAGCAAUAAAACCACACACCCACGAACCAUGACACGAACACACACCCUCACCACAGAAGGUUGCCGAAUUUUUGCACAUCCACUGUUGCAAAAUGGCCGUGCAAAAGAGAGCGAGAUAGGGCGGAAAAGCACUCCACACUGCUUCGCCCACGGCCGCACAGUGGCGUCGCAAAGUUUGCAACCGAAAACAGCCCGCAACAUUCUCAAAUUACAAAAACGAUAAAAUCAUUUUUUAGAUACACUUCAAAAAUCAAAGCGUGAAAAUUUCUAUAUUAGUUAAUAAUAAAAUCCUUUUUUGUUAACUCACUAUAUUGAAAUGGAAAACAAAGAUGGACAAAAACUUUAGCUUUAUACUCGUACAUUUGUAAUAUAUUACAUAAGCCUAGAUAAUUACAUAAAAAAAAGGAAAAUAGAAAAUAUAUUAUAAAUUACAAUUAUACAAAAGCAAAACCGAAAAUUUUACAAAUAAAAAAAUUCAAAAAGAAAAAAAAAACAAACAAAACCAAAUCAAACGAAGCAUAGCAAAGGAAAUUCAUAAAUAGCAAACAAAAAUCGAAAAAAAGGAGAAAACCAAAAACGAACUGUAUAAAAAAAAUGAAAAACAAGAACAUUUAAAUGUAAAACAGCCAGUUAUUAUGCAUAGCUAUUAAAUUUCAAAUACAGAGCAGGAGCAGGAGGCGAUACCAAGAAAUAAGAACAAUUAUUGCAAUUAGAUAUUCUACAUAAAAAAUUCGAAAUCUUUAGUAAAGCAUAGGGUGCAUAUACAACCACACGAACACAUUAACACAAAGGCCCACAUAAGCAUUCCCGUGUUUUCAAAUAUGAGUAAAGUGUUGUUUUCAACGACCCAAUCAGGUCGUUAUAUCCUAAAUUUGAGUGUUAUCAGUUGCCAGCCCUCUCACCCAUCCAACCACCCACCCAGCCACCCACUCACACACCCACAGACAGACAGACACCCAGACAGACCCCGGAAAAACGAAGCCAAGCAGCAGAGAUUAAGAUAAGAAACCAGGCCUAACUAUACGAAACCAAAGUCAAACCAAUCCAAACCGAAACCGAAACACAAGAACUCACAAUUACGAAAGUUGCCAUCCAGCGAAAUAUUUGCAAUUUAUAUUGAGAGCAAGAGUUAAUAGCCGUUUAUAUAAAGCCCGUUGAACACGAAAACAAAACGAAAAAAAAGCAAAAACCAAAAACAGACUGAAGAAAAUGAGAAUUAUUUAACAAGAAAAAUUUAUAUAUAUAAUGAUAGCCAAUAGAGACGACAGAGUGCAUCCAAGCUAUAUGAACAGAGUCACAAAAUGCCAAGCUGCUUUUACAUGCAUCCAGAGCUGAGCCCCAUCCACUCACUCACACACACACCACACACACGGAGACAGGAUAUCCUGCCACGCCCACAAGCAACCACCCACCCACAGACACAGAUACUAAGACACACACAGACACACACAAUGGAGAUGCAGUAGCUCAUGAAAAGAUUGAGACGUGAGGGAUAUAUAUGUAUUUAUAUUUAUACACCAGCAAGCUAGCGAAAAUGGCUACAUGAUACUAAUGGAGCAUAAUUUAAAUAUACAUAUUAAAGGAAGUCUUAACUAAAGCAACAGCAAAAACUGACAAAAACAAAUUAGCAAGAUUACAAAAAACCAAAAAAAAAAAAAGAAGACGUUUGCGAAGAGACACAGGCACCGUUAGCAUAUUUUUUUUAUACAAAUACAAUUUAAGCAAACGAAUACGAAAAUCAACAAAUUGAAGUAAUUUAUUAGUGAGAAACCGAAGCAACUGAUGAUGUCUUUGUAAAGACUUUAUAUAUGCCUGCCAUAUGCCUACAUCUGCCUAGCUGUCUGACUCUAACACAAAAACACGAACACAACACUUUCUCUUUUUUCUAUUCUCUCUCUCUCUCGCUUGUGCAGACACGAACAGAAAGACAGACCUCUUGAGUAAAAAUGCAUUCAUCAUUCGGAACGUGGACCCAGCUGCCCUCGGUGAGAAGCGCGGAGAGAGGCGCACUGGAGCGAAGACUGGUUCUAAACGAUGCAGCAGCGGCUGCAUGAGCCAGACCGAAAAUUGUUCAGGCUUCUUCUUCUUGUCUUUUUAUGGGUUUCUUAGCGUACCCCCUCUCAUUUUUUAGCCUCUUGGGGGGUUCUCCGACCCCCCGUCUCCCGAUCCAGAGCCGUUGUCGAGCAACUCUAUUUGAUAGCAACUUCCCCGGCUACAAAUUCCAAGUGGUUCAGAUGGCUGUAGGACAACCAGACAACACAUGCACCCCUUACAGACACACAGAUUCAGAUUCUACCCCAAAAAAGAUGAUAAAGAUAUAUACAUAUGAAUAUGUAUAGAUUAUAUAUGUGCGAUCAAGUAAAAGCAGCUAAAAAAAAUACCGAAAAACGAAAUAAAAAAUGCUAAAAAUUAUGACACCCGCCACUUUUCUACUAAAAAGAAAUCGACUGUAUAUAUAUAUACAAAUAUAUAUAUAUGAACAUAUAUAUAUAUAAUAAUAUGAGUAUAUUUAUGUAGCAGUAUAACAGUAUGUGUAGUAUAACACUUUGUCCAUUUGCUUGACAAACAGACUCACCACACUCACAGAACGACACACAUACAGACAGGCACACGAUAUGCAUUUUGUUUUCUAGUUUUUUAAAGGGACAUUAACUUGUACUAGCGAUACUCUUAACAAAUAAAUCUUGCAAAACAAUACGGAUAGGGACAUCGCUGUCAUACAUUGUAAUGUUUUCGCCGGCACAACCUUCGAUUUUCGAUUGAAGCCAGCCUCUUGUUAUCAAUUUUUUCGAUAGAAUACGUGUAUUUACCAACAACCACAGAUAAUCCAUUAAGUUUGCCCAAAAACACACAUAUUAAUAUAUAAAUAUACCUGCAUAUAUAUUUUUUUUAUAGCAACGUAUGGGAAAUCUAUAUGGGACAAAUGAAACACAACAGUUUUUGUAUGUAUUCAUUUUUAUUAAAAAACCAAAACGGGAAAAUGGGAAAUACAAACCGGAAACCAAGAAACCAAGACAAAGAAACACUCGUAAAACACACUGACAGACAAGAAUUGUUUUUAUAAAGAUAUAUUAUCGAUUAAUAAAUUUAAAGUAAAAUAAAAACAAAAAACGAAAAGAACAAACGCCUGAAUUAGUUUAUUACGCAAAGGAAAAGAAUUAUAAUUAGUUAAUUCAAAAUAAAAUAAAACAUAAAAAAAAA